AUAUGUGAAUCUGAAGACUUGAAGUGCUACGCAGUCAACGUGAGACCCUUCAGGAUGCGCGCUGUGCCCCCCACUCCCUCUGAACAAAUCCCUGUCAACGGUUUUCAGCACGUUAUACCUAAAAACCCUGCAACGCGUUCAGCUGUUUUCCCGAAACGAUGUUCGGGUGAUUUUUGAGUUUGAUCGUUAAAAAGGGGAGAACACCGAGAGACCCACAACACGCAAGUCUGUUGAUCCGGAUGAACGAACUGUUGAGAAAGUAAAAACUUGCAACAGUUUUCUCGCGGACAACUUCUCUGGAGCUGAGGAGACAGCAGAAGCUAUGGCUUACUCUCUCUCACUCAGUCUGCUCUACCUGGGCAUGCUGUGUGGAAACGGACUGGUGUCUGCAAGAUCUGAGCUGUUCACUCCAGAUCCAAGCAGAGGACCUCAUUUUACGGGCUGCCGCUCCAGAGAGCAGGAGACCUUUCGUUGCUGGUGGAGCGCUGGGACCUUCCAGAACCUCACCGAGCCUGGGGCUCUCAGGGUCUUCUACAUGACAAAAAAUGCCCAUUCUGAGUGGCAGGAGUGUCCAGACUACACACGUACUGUGAAAAACGAGUGCUACUUCAACAAGACCUUCACACAGAUCUGGACCUCCUACUGCAUUCAGCUGCGCUCAGUUCGUGAGAACAUAACCUAUGAUGAGGCCUGCUUUACAGUGGAGAACAUAGUGCAUCCUGACCCACCAAUUGGGCUGAACUGGACUCUACUGAAUGUGAGUCGCUCAGGGUUGCACUAUGACGUCCUUGUGCGCUGGGCUCCCCCUCUGUCAGCAGAUGUGCAGAUGGGCUGGAUGAGCCUGGAGUACCAGGUUCAGUACCGGGUCAGAAACAACUCCCACUGGGAAAUGCUGGACCUGGAGAGUGGCACACAGCAGUCCAUCUACGGUUUACAUACUGACAAAGAGUAUGAAGUCCGGGUGCGCUGCAAGAUGACAGCCUUUGACAACUUUGGUGAAUUCAGUGACAGCAUCAUUGUGCAUGUGGCACAGAUACCAAGCAAAGAAUCAACGUUCCCGACGACGUUGGUGUUGAUUUUUGGAAUGAUUGGAGUGGUGAUUCUUCUUGUCCUCCUCAUCUUCUCACAGCAGCAGAGGUUGAUGGUAAUAUUUUUACCACCUAUUCCUGCACCUAAAAUUAAAGGCAUCGACCCAGAGCUGCUGAAGAAUGGAAAGCUUGACCAGCUCAAUUCUUUGCUGAGCUGUCAGGAUAUGUACAAGCCGGACUUCUACCAUGAGGAUCCAUGGGUGGAGUUCAUCCAGCUGGACCUUGAUGACCCUGCAGAGAAGAAUGAGAGCUCUGAUACACAACAUCUGCUGGGCUUGUCCCGCUCAGGCUCUUCUCACGUCCUGAAUUUCAAAAGCGAUGAAGAUUCAGGUCGUGCUAGCUGCUACGACCCAGAAAUCCCAAAUCCCGAGGACUUGGCUACCCUUCUUCCUGGCCAUUCUGGACGGGGAGAUAACCACCCACUGGUUUCCAGAAGCAGCUCGUCCAUCCCUGACCUUGGCGUCCAACAGACAUCAGAAGUUGAGGAGACGCCCAUUCAAAAGAAACCCGCUGUGCCCAGCUGGGUUAACAUGGACUUUUAUGCCCAAGUAAGCGAUUUCACACCAGCAGGAGGAGUGGUGCUUUCACCUGGACAACUGAACAGCUCUCUGGAGAAAAAGAAGGAAGAAGAGAAUGAGAAGAAGAUACAGUUCCAGCUGAUUUCCGAUGGAGCCUACACCUCAGAGAACACAGCCAGGCAACUUUCCGCCAACGUGCCGUCCAGCCCUGGUCCUGAGCAGGGGUACCAAACAUUUCCAACCCAAGCUGUUGAGGGGAACCUCUGGAACGGGGAGUACCUGGUGUCUACCAGUGAUUCCCAGAUGCCGUACCUCCUUCCCGAAGCUCCUCCAUCCCCCAUAUUGCCCCCCGUGUCAGACUAUACUGUAGUGCAGGAAGUGGAUGCCCAGCAUAGCCUCCUCCUGAAUCCUCCUUCCUCACAGCCUGCGAUAUGCCCUCACAGCCCAAACAAACACCUCCCAGCAAUGCCAACCAUGCCCAUGGGAUAUCUCACCCCAGACUUUCUGGGAAACCUGACCCCGUGA